CGGAGAACAAAUCAAGGGCAUCCGCCUUAUUCUAUGUGCUGUACAUACGAGGUAGAAUAACGCCGUUAACUGCGCCGCGAAUGCAUAUAAAUACAUCCCCUUCGCCCGCCGUCCCUCAUACGCUUCAACCUAGGGCCACACCGACGACCAUCUUUUGCGCCGGCUUGCCCACCCCAUCACCGCGAUGAAACUUUCCCAAACCAGUGCUAGCCCGGUGGCUGCCGGCCUCGCCUUGCUUGCCUCGGCGGCGGGCGUUGCGGCGGCCCCAGCGGCUACCUGCGAUCUUCCCACCACGUACAAGUGGAAUUCGACCGGUGCGUUGGCGCAACCAAAGAACGGAUGGACCUCGCUCAAGGACUUCACCCACGUGCCCUACAACGGCCAGCAUCUCGUGUACGGGAGCAUGGUCAGCGGCGGCAGCUACGGGUCGAUGAACUUCGGCCUCUUCACGGACUGGAACGGGAUGGGCUCGGUCAGCCAGAACAAGAUGAGCCAGGCCGCGGUUGCGCCCACGCUCUUCUACUUCGCCCCGAAGAAGGUCUGGAUCCUCGCCCACCAGUGGGGUCCCACGUCCUUUUCGUACAGGACGUCCAGCGACCCGACCAACCCGAACGGCUGGUCCUCGCCGCAGCCGUUAUUCACCGGCACGAUCUCAGGUUCCAGCACGGGCGUCAUCGACCAGACCGUCAUCGGCGACGACACGAACAUGUACCUGUUCUUCGCGGGCGACAACGGCAAGAUCUACCGCGCCAGCAUGCCCAUCGGCAACUUCCCCGGCAGCUUCGGCAGCUCGUCGACGGUCGUCAUGAGCGACUCGACCAACAACCUGUUCGAGGCCGUGCAGGUGUACAAGCUGCAGGGGCAGACCAAGUACCUCAUGAUCGUCGAGGCGAUCGGCUCGCAGGGGCGCUACUUCCGCUCCUUCACUGCCACCAGCCUGGGCGGCUCGUGGACGCCCAACGCGGCCACCGAGAGCAGUCCGUUCGCCGGCAAGGCCAACAGCGGCGCCACCUGGACCAACGACAUCAGCCACGGCGACCUGAUCCGCGUCACCAACGACCAGACCAUGACCGUCGACCCCUGCAACCUGCAGCUGCUCUACCAGGGCCGCGCCCCCAACUCCGGCGGUAGCUACAACAACCUGCCGUACCGGCCGGGCCUGCUCACUCUGCAGCGCUAAUCAAGCCUGUUGAGCAUCGCGUGGAGGAAGACGGUAAACCGGGACUGCUUUCCGCAGUUCUG